GGAAAAAAAAACAACAGUUGGAAAAAAAAAGAAGCCUCCUCGUGAGCGGCGCCUUCGUCACGUGACCAAGUGGGCGUAUUUAAGCCCCUGGCGCGAGAUCUGUGCAGAGAGAAAAAGGCAGAAACAGCAACGAGGUGAAGCUGAACGGAGGUCUCUUGGACGAAAAUGAGUCUCGCUGGAAAAGUAAAUAGAAGCCAACAGAUGUCUAAAGAAAAUACAGUGAGCUUGUUCACAUCAUCUCAGAAGACAAUGGGACCCCCCAGGCAAUCCCUGCAGAUCCUCCAGCAGUCGGCUGUCAACAAGGAUUUGGGGAGGUCAGCUAAGACAGGAAAGCUCAAUUCCAAGCGGAAAAACUGGACAGCAGAGCAAACUAGAGGUACAAAGAGAGUGAAGGUCGAAGUCAAAUCCACACAAACGGAAGCAGCUGACUGUUUACCAGAUGGCAUAUCCCAUGAAGCAUAUGAACUUAUGGUCAAAGAAACGCCUCCUCCUGCUUACUGGAAGGAAAUGGCUGAGGAGCGACAGAAGGCCUUGUACAAAGUUCUACAGGAGAAUGAGAAGUUGCACAAAGACAUUGAGGCCAAAGAUGAACAAAUAUCAAAGCUUCAGAGUGAAAACGAAGAGCUGCAGGAGCUGGCUCAACAUGUGCAGUACAUGGCUGAUAUGAUUGAGAGGCUGACUGGGAGGGGUCCAGACAAUCUGGAGGAACUGAAGGAGCUUGCCCUUGAUGUGGGAAGGGUUGAGGACAAUGAGCAUGAAGAUGACGACAGUGAAGAGGCUGAUGAGAGACUCAAAGAGGAGAGUGAUUACAGUGAAAGUGAUGCAGAUGAGGAGAACACGUCAGACCACGAACAAGCAGGACCCUCAGGACAGCAGGACUAACUGAGCUCUGAGUGUCAUGAGACUUCAUACAUUAACCUGAGCAAGUUUUGACUGCAGCAGGUCCUCAUCCAUUUGAGGGACAUGGGAAUUCAGUCAUUUGAAGUACUCUUCUUGACCUGCAGUUUAAUAUUUUAGUGAAAUGUUUGUUCUUUUACAGUGAUUUUUUUUUUUUUUUUUUUUUUUUUUAAGAUUUUGCUGUAUUUAUGAGGGCUCGUUAACUACAUGUGUGGGCAUCACUCAUGGAGGACUUUUUGACAUGUCACAGUAGGAAAGUCCUUUAUUUUGAAUGGAUGCUGACACAAAAUCCUAAUUUAUCUCGUCCCUGACAAGUUAAAAUGCUUUAGGUGAGUCUACUCUACAGGAAGCUGUUUCACUGCAACUGUAGCAAAGAGCCCUAAAGUGCUUUUGGGUUGUUAUACAAUUACAAUGUUAUGGCACCACUGUGUAAAGUUUAUGUACAAUAAAGCUUUUUUUUUUUUUUUUUUUUUUUUUUUUCUUAAAGAAACCAAAGUGAAACUUUCUGUGACUUUACUUUAGUUUGUAGUUUCGUCAGUUUUUGACUGGCUACUGUUCACUUUCAGCACCUCCAGCUUCUGGAAGCUGGUUGUGGUGAUCGAAGUUACUAUUUGUGUGUUCGGUACACACAGCUGACUGUUGAAACCACACCUGUUGAAAGAAACGAACUGCAGUACUAGGACUGAUGUGAGGUAGCAGUGCGUGAACUGACAACUGCAUGUCAUUCAACUAAUAUCACUAAAACUGACAAUACAGUGGCUACACAAAUCCAGUGGUUACUAAAGAACCCCUGAGACCUUUUACUUAGUUUUUUUUUUUUAAAGAUUAAAUUAAAGGCAAAAAUGUUUUAUGUACAAGUUAAGUUACAAAGUUCAUUGGGUUUUUUUUUUUUUUUUUUUUUUUUUUUUGGGGGGGUGAACUGCAUUAGAGACUGAUGUAAAAAUGACAAAUUGAAACAUUUGUGGCAAAUUUACUAUAACCUACCAUGGGGAGGGCUGAAACUUUCUAUUUUCACAUCACAUCUGACCAGUCAGACUGACUUUUUUUUUUUUUGCUGCCCAAAGCAAGUUCCUUGACAUGACUUAUGCUAUGAUUUAGCAUUAUGCAACUAAAAGGGAAAUGGAUAACGUAGACAUCACAUCAAAAGUUGUUAAUGCAUCAUAAGGCAAAGAAGCAGAACUUAAUUUGCAAAUUAAAAGGUUGAUAAUAUAUCCCUUUUAUAUAUCGGUCAGUUGAGUAGUUGUAUGUCUUAUGUUUACAAAAGAGAUGAAAAAGUAAGAUAUAUGGGCUAUUUCAGUGUGAUAUUGUGACUGGUGUUAAGCUGAAAUAACGUUUUCGAAUACGAGGCACAUGUUAACACCGAGUGCUUGUCUUGUUUUUUUACUGUGAAGCUCUUUGGUCACCCUUUGGGCUGUUGUAAAGGGCUAUAGAAAUGAACUUUGAUAUGUGUCUGAUUAAAUCUCACCUUGUUUCUUGA